AUGGCCGUCUCUGCCACCAUCCCGGAACCAUCCUUUCAAGAACCAGCCACUAAUACGCCUACUACUUUCACGGGGUGGCCGAACGAAAGACUCUCGAUCCCCCUCGUUCUUCGAGCUCCAACGCUGAUGAUCGCAUCCUUCGCAUGUGGGUUCACUCUAGGCUCUUCACAAGGGGCAACGAAAGGUGCAUACCGAUACCGUGCAGAGAAUGCCCAUCGUUUGCCAACAACACAGACCGGAUGGUUUCUCUAUCAAAAGUCCAAGAACUACCAUGCCAUGCUUGCGGGAGUUAAAGAAGGCGGUAGGUUUGGGGCUAUAUGUAUGGGCUGGGCUACAUUGUUCAUGAUCACCGAGGAGAUGGUCGAUCUGUCAAGAACAAGGCUUCUGGCACGAAAAGGCGAGGAUGUUGCGACGGGACAACGGGACGCCGGCAGUACAGUCAUUGCCGGCAUGACCCUCGCAGGAUUCUAUAGCUGGAAAAGAGGGCUGGAUCACUUUGCAUCCGCAAGAACUGCGAGGACGGCAUUCAAGUUCUCCCUUGCAUACGGACUGAUCCAGGAUUUGAUGGCAACUGUGAGGGGAAAUCCUCCCGCCUAUGUUACUUGGAUCAAAAGGAAGAUAUUCCCCACGGCCAACGUUGACAAUGUCGAAUGA